CUUUCGCCUUAUCUGCUUAAUCCUGAUGCCCCAGCUGCCAGUGUCUGCGAUAUGUGUCUGCUGAGGAACUUUGCAACACUUCCUGCCUUUCCAGAGUGCCUCAUCUCUCUGCCCAGCUCUCCCCAGAUGGACACCUGCUGCUCAGCGUCAAAGAAAGAGACAGCGUGGUGUGGGCCAGGACUGUAAUGGAUGUUUUAGGACCAGAUAUCCAUGCGAAUAAUAUUGGGAAGAUCCAUUUGGUCCAGUUUGACUCUGAAGGAGUGUUUGGCUGGAUUCCGACACAAAAAGAGAUUAUUAAUCAGCUUCUCUCAGAACCAAUUGAACUCCUAAAUACAAGACCCCGGAAGAGGAGAGACACAGAUGAAGAAGAUGAUGAUUAUGACUUAGCUGUCCUUCCUCGUAUCCCAAACCCUGUCGCCUGUCUGUCCUCUGGUGACAUGCUCAUUUUCCAUCUCACCAUCAACCACACGGAUCGCCAUCUCAGCCACUUUCCAGUGUAUCAGAAAGACCAUCUGUUUAACAGUAACCCCAGCUGGGACUUUGGUGCCUUCAGACGUCUGCAGAUACUCAUGAAGCAGACAAACUUCAACUCCACAAGAUUUGCCCAUGUGUUUUCAGAAACAGGGAAGUAUGUGUUUGUGGACAAUGCUGUUCCAGAGUGGAGUAUGGUGGUCGUUGUGAGUGAGGAGGGGACAGAGUGUGACCCUCGGGCCGCUGUCUUUCAGCCCAUGACCCCAGCACAGCUGGUCAAGUAUGGGAUUGUCAAGCAGCACCGACUCAACCUUCUACCAGAUUGGGGACUAAUUGCAGGGAUCCUGAGUGUGCUGCUGGUGGUAGUUGUGGUUGUGACCACCACAGUGCUGGUUCUACGGCCCGGCAAAGCAAAGCUUGUGUCCCAGUGGAGGACAAAGCCCAAGUGGCGCAACCUUGGGGAGCCCUUCUGUCCAGUGGAGUGUGUUUGCAGUGGAGAAAGCCUAGUUGUCCCAAACUUAGAUGGCCUCCUUGGCAGAAGGGGUGUAGGAGAGGGAGCAGAGGCCGAAGAGCCUGCUGUUUCAAAGGGAGGAGGCGUGUUGGGGCGCUGUGAUUUAGAGGAGUUCAAUGUGAAAACUCUGUACGACAAACUAGAGGAUCAGAACCUCCACAUAGCCUCACAACUGGCCCGACACCGCAAAGACACACAGGAGUUCUACAGAAACAUUUGCCAACAGACUGAAACGUUCAAGAAUGUCUUUGAGAAUAUGGAUCAUAAAAAACUGAGUCUUCUUAAAGAGCUGCUAGUCCAUAAUUCUAUGAGGGAUGAACCAUCAAAUGGCAGUGCGAGAGAGAGAGAUACACAAGCUGAGGCAUCUAUAGCAUUACUGGGAGCUGUUCUCAGGUCAGUGGAAGCUCUUUUAUGCAGGCUGACAGGAGAUGCUUGGCAGAACCAGGAUUUGCCUAGUCCCCCAUACUGCCAUACUGCUCCUCCUGAUGCCAGGGAAUGUGAGCCACAAGCUGGAUACACCCAAAUCGGUGACACCAACAUGUGUUACACACAGUUUUCAUCGAUGAAUAUGACCAAAGCAGAAGCUCUUCCCCAUGAGCCAAUCCAUCUACAGAGCACAGCCCCUUGUCUAAGUGAUUAUGACCUGUCCAAGUUGGUCAGCAUAUCUCCUUUAUUCAGGACCCUGCAAGAGAUCCAGCUGUCUUUGCAUAACCUCACCGCAGGUGAUCCUAGUCAACAGCUCAACAAUGUUCUAGGGCAUUCGGCCCAGGAGAACCAUGAUGUCCAACUUAUCCCAACUGCACUAGACAAACUCUCGCCUCAACACUCCGCCAUUUUCCUGUUUGGUUGCCAGGUGAUGCAGCUGCUUGCAAACUGCCCCUUGUUCCCCUCUGUGCUUCUGCUACUGGCCAAAUCUAUCCCUGUUUCAUCAUCUUCCUCUAAUGAAGGUCUGCUGGCACAUUGCUUAGGGGACUUUUAUUUUGAUGCGACCAAUCAAAUCCUUUAUCUGUCAGAGGCCAAGCUUCAGCACGUGGGACAUUUUAUCGCUACCAUUCUGCAGUCCAUGGCCCACAUAGCAUCAGGAUCCAAACCCCAGAGCUUUAUGCAAGCUCUCCAUGAGGCCAUUUCAGCUCUAAGCCUUCAACUGUUCAACUUUUCUUUCAAAUGGAUCACAGCAGAGUCAAAACUCGAUGCAUCAGACGGGCAACAGGGUGCGUUAGUUGAGGAAUUUCUCAACAUUAGAGUUCCCACUGAGGCGCAGUUCACUGAGCAUCUACUAGCCAGCAGGUUUGAGAAAUACAAAUACUUCAAGUUAGAGCAGCUCAUCUCGAACAUCAAACCGAGUUCAACUGAGGACACAGAGAAAGGGCUACCACCAAAAGGGACUCCGAUGCAGAUGUCCUGUAUAGAGGAAGAAAUAGACCGUAUGAAUGAGUCUUUCUUGCAGCUGAGUGUGCAGCUACAGAAGAGAGCUCACAUGAGCACGUGGCAAAAGGAGAGAGAGAACAGUGCUGGCAACCAUUCUGCGGGGGCAACUCCGACAAGCAUGCCAUGCCUGAGUCGCAAUGGAACAAUCCUGCUGGAACUGAAGAGACGCUAUGUAUCACAGCGCCUCAAUGAGCUCCAAAUCACGUUAGGCCAGAUCCGACAGUGCCAGCAGCAUGACGACAAGUCAAAAGACAGGACAAGAGGCCAUACACAAACAGACAGCAACACCACUCAGCGGGGGCACAGCGAGCAUUAUCCUGGCGUAGAUGGCUGCAGUCCCUCUGAGGGCCAGCGGCAGGACAGUAUUCCAGCCAGCCAGAGUCACGGCCAACAAACAGCAGAGAGCAGAGGUCUUGGUAGCUAUAAACCUGAGAGUCAUAUUUCUGACCAGCAGAGGAGUGAUACUGUCCAGACCCCCAACCUUGACACAUUACUUGACUGCCAGAUGCAAAAGAGCCAAGAUCUGCUGCAUCUCAGUGUCCCUCGAACAGAGGAACUAAAUAGUCAGAUUACAAUUGAAAAUACAACUGGACAUACCGAUAUUGAUGCCAUGUGGGGGGCUACUGAUCUGAAUAUGGAUAAAUGAAGAUGAGAAGUGUGUUGUUUUAUUUGCUUCUCUCACCAUUAUUUCUCAGUCACCUGCCUUUUUUAUGUGCUUUCUAUUUUUAAUCGCUGUUUGUUAUGUGUGAAUGCAUUGUCAGGAUUGCUACUCAAUUUCAUUGUACUCGGUGCAAUAACAAUAAAGGAAUGCAAUUGUAUUGUAUUAUAUUCUAUUCUAUUACAUCCUAAAAUAUAUUGUCUUGUUUGUUGAAUGACGUGAGUGACCUCCGUCUUAUUUUGCACCAGCUUUAAAACAAUACUCAGCUAUGUUCUUUUUAAUUAUCUGUGAUCGUGGACAGAAAUAAUUUCUGGCAACAAGCAGCAGUGUGACACAAUCUGUCAUCUUGUCCAAAUAGUUUCUCAGUCAGGAGUUAAUACCGGCUUCCAAGACAGGCUCUGUUCAUUACCACAUUCUAAUUGAGACAAUAAACUUCAGCUGGAUGAA